AUGUUGACGAAGAUUCCUGGAUGGCGUUUGUUGCUCGUCUCAUUCGUUGUUAAUUUCGGUGGUGCGUUCCAUUUUGGUUAUCAAUUGGUGAUAACAAAUCCAACACAACAAGCGUUCUUGCAGUUCUUGAAUUCGUCAUUCAGCGCGCACUAUGAUUCCUCGUUAACAAGUCAGCAACUCAGAACGAUAUGGUCAACAACUGUGGCUGUUUUAUUUAUCGGCGCUAUUUUCGGUUCGUUAUCGAUCCGCUCGGUUGGCGAACAUUUUGGCCGGAAACGUGGAUUAUAUUUCUCAUUUGCAACGACAAUUUUAGCGACUAUCCUCUCGAUAAUUGCAUUUUUUGUAAAUUCAUUCGAGUUGUAUGCCAUAUCGAGAAUUUUGAUUGGUUUCGCAAUAAGUUUGAGUUUAGGUCUCGCCGCUUUGUAUCUCAAUGAAAGUAGUCCGAAAGAUUGUCGCGGAUUGAUUAGUAUGAUAAUUGGUGUGAUGGUACAAUUCGGUACCGUAAUUGGUGCGAUCAUUGCAAUGCCCAACUUGUUGGGUACUUAUGAUCACUUAUGGCAUAUUUAUUUUAUAGAAGGCAUUCUUCUCGUAUUUACUGUCAUCACUUUACCGCUGAUGCCCGAAAGUCCUGGCUAUUUAUCGUUGUGUGGUCAUGAAGAGGCUGCUUCUCAGUCAAUAAUGUUCUUUCACAAUUGUGAUUUGAGUAGCAGUAAAAUGGUAUUGAUGGAAACAAAAGAGAAUUUGAAGCAGAAUUCAAAAGCACUAUCGUUAUUUGAAGUGUUCUCAGACCAUCAAACGGUUCGCUCAACGUUUACUGGCAUGGUUAUUGCAAUUUCGAUGGCGUUCAGUGGAAUUGCUGGUUAUUUAUUUACAGUGAUCAAUGCUUUUGCGGUGGAUAUCUUUUUGCACUGUGGUCUCUCCCUGAUGGAAGCUUCAAUUGGAAAUAUUGUCUUAUCAGCUGUUAGCUUGUUAAGUUUUACUGAUGAAUCUCGAAUUGAAGUAGCAAUCAUCUUAUCAUCAUGUAUCGUUGAUAGAUUCGGUCGACGACCUCUACUUUUGAUCACAAUUUCGUUGAUUAUCCUAAUCAACUUAAUCAUUUUCACACUGAUGUUUCUGUUCAAUAAAUUUGGUAUGAUGUGGAUUGGUUACGUGCUAAUUGCGGUCAUAUCGUUGUUCAUAAUCAUAUUUGCAAUGGGCCCUGGACCAUUAACGUUUUUCGUUACCACUGAAUUGGUGCAUCAAAAUGCGAGAGCCGCUGCACAGAGUUGGGCAUCAUUCACGCAAAUGCUUUCUCGUACAGUUUUAUUGGGCAUUUAUUUACCGCUACAAGGUGCAAUUGGACAAGCAUUUGCGUAUGUGAUAUUGUUCAUUGUACCGUUGGUGGCAGCGUUAUUGUUUCUUUACUUCAAUAUGCCGGAGACAAAAAACAAAAAUAUUAAUGAGGUGAGUGAGUGCUUGAGUGGCCAAUCCUGUUCAUGA